AGAUAGAUAGAUAGAUAGAUAGAUAGAUAGAUAGAUAGAUAGAUAGAUAGAUAGAUAGAUAGAUAGUUCAGCUCCCUCUGGUGGGACAUCGUGGGGACAGAAACUAGCGCCCCGCAGAGGCAGAGCGGAUCAUUGAGCCUGAGUCUGAGCUCAGGGCUUUGAGGUGCUUGGCCGCUGUUGCUAGGCAACUACUGGUAUCUAGAGCUAACGAGCAGCUACCUGAUGAUGAUGGAAAUGGAAAAGACGUAAUGACAGGAGGGGUCUGGUGUUAGCAUGUUAGCAUCAUUCUUAUAAUAAAGAUCAUGAAGAUAUUUUUAUUGUAUUUAUUAUUUUAUUUAACUGUAUGUCGUAAGAAGUAAAUAAAAUAAAAAUAAAAUAAACAUAAUAAAUAAAAUAAAAUAAAUAAGUCGGGGGAGGGGGGCUCGUUCUCUGCUCUGGCCCCAGAAACUGUCCUGCCGCCCCUGCUGGCCGAGAAGAAAACAUCCAUCCUCCUCUUCAUCAGCUGCAGCUUCAUCCUCCAGCUGCCAUGAUGUCUGCUGGCAGCGCGGACCUCCUCUUCCUCUCCCUCCUCUUCCUCCUCCUCCUCCUCCUCCUCCACCCGCAGCGAAUCACGGAAAAUCCCCGGGAUGAAGCCUCGGUCCGGACCCCUGCAGCCCGCUGAGGAAGACUCGUCCUCCUCCGUCUUCCUCCUCGUCGCUGAGGCCGGAGACCUGAUGCUGCGACACGGCUCCAGUGAGAGUCUUCAUCCCUGAGAGACUUUGAGGCCGGAGGAUGCUGAGCAGCUCCGGUCGGGUGCAGCGCUGCAGCGAUGGUCUACUCCCGGUCCACGAACACAGUCGGUGUCAGUCCGUCCCUCUACGCUCCGGCCUUUGCACAUCCGAUGUCAUUUAACUUCUCCGGGAGAGACAACGCAACUGUCCUGGCAACUUUACCCACAACCCCCCUGUGCAGCCUCGAGGGCUCCGCCCCCGGCCGGCCCAACGCCACCUCUGCCUCCUACGAGCUGACGUCGGGCGAGGUCGCGGCGCUGGGCCUGGUGUUCGGGGUGGUCUGGCUGGUGUCCAUCCUGGGGAACGCCCUGGUCUGCCUGGUCAUCCACCGCAGCCGGAGGACUCAGUCCACCACCAACUACUUCGUGGUGUCCAUGGCCUGCGCCGACCUGCUCAUGAGCCUCGGCUGCGGCCCCUUCAUCCUCCUGCAGGUCUCGUUGGGGCGGUGGCCUCUGAGCGCCGCCGCCUGUAAGGUGGUUCGCUACCUGCAGCACCUGUGCCCUGGCGUGCAGGUGUACGUCCUGCUGUCCAUCUCCAUAGACCGGUUCUACACCAUCAUCUACCCACUCAGCUUCAAGGUGUCCAGGGAGAAGGCCAAGAAGAUGAUCCUGGCCUCGUGGCUGUUUGACGCCGCCUUCGCCUCUCCCUGCCUCUUCUUCUAUGGUUCCAAGUCCACCGACAGCCAUUGUGACUUUUUCCUGGCGGACAGCUGGGGGGGCGUGGCCUACGCUGCCGUCCACCUGCUGCUGGGGUUCCUGGUGCCGGUGGGACUGAUCGUGUCCUUCUACCAGCGGGUGGUCCGCUACGUGUGGAGGAUCAGCGCCGACGGACACACGGUGCGACGGACCAUGAACAUCGUCCCACGGACUAAAGUCAAGACCAUCAAGAUGUUCCUGAUGCUCAACUCAGUGUUCUUCCUCACCUGGACGCCGUUCUACGUGGCCCAGCUGUGGCACCCGAGGGCGAGCGACGGCCCCGACAGGAAGGAGCUGCUCUUCUUCACGGCCAUCGCCUGGGUCUCCUUCAGCUCCACGGCCUCCAAGCCCACCCUCUACUCCGUCUACAACGCCAACUUCCGGCGCGGCAUGCGGGAGACCUUCUGCAUGUCGUCCAUGAAGUGUUACCGCAGCAACGCCUACACCAUCACCGCCAGCUCCCGCAUGGCCAAAAAGAACUACGUGGGCGUGGUGGACAUGCAGGUGCAGGCGAAGACGCUCCACAAGGACUCGGUCUACGACACAUUCGACCGAGAGGCUAAAGAGAAGAAGGUGGCCUGGCCCACGACGGCCAACCCCCCCAACACCUUCGUGUGACCCUGGACGCUUUCAAACUGUGAACAUUUAAAAACCACGACAGCACAACGCCAGUGUUUGUAGGUGAGCUAGCUGGAGGCUAACAGGCUAGCACCAUGUUUGUGUUCAGUUUGUACAAAGGGCUUUUCUCUCAUGUAACAAACCUCCUGGCGGCCAUAUUGGAUCAUUUUAUACUUCAGAUUUGAAUCUGAUUUUAACCCGUGUUGUGUUUCGAUGGAUCGUUUUCAGCUCUGUGUUUUGGUAGCGUUAGCGCGCUAACAUAGUCUGUGGGAAAACUGUCAUUCUUGCGUCUGGUUCGCUGCAGUCAUGUGUGUGUUAGAAGCUAACGUGCGUAAAGGCUAACGUGUUACCAUUGACGUCAUCUGCUUUGCUUCUUUAACAGUGAGCUAACAAGGCUAACGAAGCUAACAAGGCUAAUGAAGCUAACGAAGCUAAUGAAGCCCGAGGUUGCAGCUUGUUGACAGAAACUGGGCUCAAAGUGUUAAUAAAGAGAAUCAAUGAUGGGACAUUAA